UGACUCUUCGACAUCUACCCAACUGCCUCUGCCUCUGCCUCUGCCUCUGCCUCUGCCUUUUGCCAUUGCCGCUGCCGCUGCCCGCUGCCUGCCCCAACUGCUACAACUGCUGCCGCUUGUUCCGCUGCCGCCUCCUCUGCAACAUCCGAUCCAUCCCUUGCUGAUCUGCUGCAGCACCUCAGCCUCAAUCCGACAGGCCAUCGGCCACACUGACCUCACUAGCUCCAAACACAACCCAAGACCAGCGUCUCUCACCUACCAACAGUGUCCUCUCGGUCCUCUAAUCCUCUCCACUCCUCCGCAUCUUCCUCUGGCUUGAUAUCAUCCCCUCUUUGUCCCCUUCCUUCGCUUUAUUCUUGAACACACAAGUACAUAUCUCUGCAUCUCUUCCCCCCUCCACUUGCGAGCGUUGUUACUCUUGUGUCUGACUUCCGUUGAGCGUAUGCUUGCUGUUUUGGCGCUUCGCAUGUCGUAAUGGAUGAGCCUGAGCUGGGCGACGCCCGCCUGUUCCAACAGCCCGAUGCGCCAGAACCUGCCAGAGCAAACGUCAGGCACAGUCGGCUGAGUUCGUUUGUGUCACUGCCAUCAGGUCGCAACAGUACCAACCCUAUCGACGGCAACGGUGACAUAGGCGCUCCUAUGACGGGCAACCGACAAUCAUUCUCCAACUCGAACUCCCGCGCCUCGCGCUUACACAUGCAGAUACCUUCUUUCCUCCGUCGUCUGCGUUUGCGCCGACCCAUAAUCGCCAGAUCUCGCGACCAUGACAGCUUCGCUGCAGUUGCUACACCUGAUCAGGUCGCUCCUGCGACAUCCUCGAGACGCACUCUGCCUUUUGCCGUCCAUUCGACGGCUUCCACAAACCGCGUCUCGUACGUCCAAGAAGCUGCCACCACUCUAUCUGACCGUCGAAAUAGAUAUGAGGAGGCGGAGCGAGGUGGCAACGUUGUCUCCAUGACCCACCAACGUGAGGACAACGACGGCGACCAGGAGCGUGAGCAGCAGCAAGGGCAAGGGCAAGAAACAAGACAAGGACAAGGGCAAGGGCAAAACGUCGACAACCAGCCUGGAGCAAACAUUCGGAGCUCUCGUCGUCGCAGGCUGUCACUUCAGAUGAGUAACUUCUUCUCAGAUAUCACCUCGUCUGCUUCCCGACAUGCUUCUCCACCCUUCCUUCCGCCCCGAUCACGCCUCAGCGUUCAUGAGCCACUUCCCGAGCUCGACAACGCCUUGUUUCAACCGCCGACACCGGCCGAAAUCAGGAUGACCACACGACGAGAUGACACGGACGAUGGAGAGGAGUCGGAAUACGAACGGGGAUUUACACCCAGACGAAGACGACUGCGCCCGCUCCCUGUGGUUGGUGAGCCGCACGACGAGGAUUAUGUCCGUCGCAGAUACGAGGAUGACCGACUGGCGAGAAGAGCAACAUGGGCUCCUAUUAACCAUUCGUCGAUCGGAGAAAGUUCCUUGGGUUCUUUUGAAUCCGUUUCAAGACCGACCGUCGAGCUAUCUGCAUCCAGCUCCUCGAGCAUCAGCCACGGUACGGAACUGACACCGCCAUCACGAUCACCUGCCAUCUACUCGCAAGCUCGCCCAGAUCCCUCGAACACGGAUCUACUUGAGCCCAUAAAUUUGCCAACUGCGUACCCUCCAACAGCACCCCAGCCGAGACAAUCUCAAUCCCCAGCCACGUCUCCAAAUAUGUUACGCCCAGCUCACCUGCUCCGUCAGAUGCUUGCCAGACGCAGGAAUAUCAGCCCACCGGACCCCUCGCAAAACAGCUUGAUUUCGCUGAUUGAACUACAACGUCUCUUGGCGGCGUACGCACUCCAAAGCGGCGAUCAUGAUUACAAUGGCCACCAGGAGACGACUUUUGAUGGUGGUACAAUCACGAUCUACGGUAUUCGCCGCGUGAACACGCGAGCUGCGCCCGAUAGUGAGCAGAAUAGCGUGUUCCCAACUCCGACCCGAUCAGACACGUCCUCCGAAGAACGUUCGCCACCCUCGCGUGAUAGACCUCGCGGCCCGCGCCGCAUUUUCAACUUCAUCGGGCCCGCCCUCUCUGAAAUUGACCCUCUUCCGCCAGAGUUCGAGGAGACGUUCCAGCGCCUGCGCCGUACUCGUCGCCCACGAUCGAUGUUUGGUUCGGGAUCACUACGCCGCAACGGCAUGGUGGAGCCGGAUGUACCGGACGCAACUGAAUCCUCGUCCGAAGCGAGUGACGAAAACAGCCAGGCCUCUGACAACGACGAGACGUGGAUCUUCUACAUUGUCAGUGCCGUGCUUCCCGAGGGCCAUCCUCUUCUCUCCGCACCGAGCUUGUUCACAGAGAACCCUACCUACGAGGAUAUGCUCUUCCUUGACAGCUUUUUGCAAAAGCCUGUUGCGAGUAAAACAGAUCUCGCGAAUGCUCGCGGUCUAUAUCGCAUUCGCCGUCGUUCAGAUGGACGGUUGUACGCAAGCAGCGAAGAAACAGCUGGUGAUAUCAUCGAGAUCACCACCGAGCGCUGUCAGAUUUGCCUUGACGACUACGAUGAGGACGACGAGACGAGGCAUUUAGUCAAGUGCUCCCACUACUUUCAUAGAGAAUGCAUCGAUCAUUGGCUAACUGAGUGUCGCAAUUCAUGCCCUCUGUGCCGAGGAGAGGGGGUCGAGAAGACUGGAUCUGCUAGGAAUCUGAGUGUGGAAGGGCCUUCUGCGGUUGAGGCAUCGCCCCUCAACGUCUAAGCGCUGGAGACGCCCCUGGCUUCCUGCCCAAAGGCACGAAAAGCACGAUUGCUUACUCCAACGGCUGCCUCGCUGGUAACAUUGCAGCUUAACCCUACAUUGACAGUGUAACCCUGGAACGUUAUCUUUUCCCUCCUCUAUUCGACUUUCCUUACGAUCAUGAUGUCUAUGAUGAUGCUCAAUUUCGAUGGCAACAGAUACCCAUUGAUGGGGAAGAGGGACACGACGCGGCGAUUCAAGGACAUGGAUAUGGCUUAUUACUAUUACGGCGUUGGUGAGACGCCGUGUAGUUGGGAUGACGAGUGUAAACCCUGCAUAGGUUUCGAAAUGCGUACGGAAAGGCGUUUGAGGCAUACUCCAACUUGAGUUUUAUCAAAGAAACGACAUUUCGUAUGAUAUUAUUGUGGUGGCGAGAGCCACAGCCAACAUUUCCUAAUGUGUUCGACAUGCUAUAUCAUCUCCUCUUUGACAUUGUGACGAGGGUCAUUCAUGCAGAAAAUGCGUUCUUCCGGCUAUGGGCAAAGAUUCACGAAGAUGAUCCGGUAACUACACUUGGUCAAUCCUCACAAUAUACAAUUGCUCAGCAUUACAUCGUUGGGUGAGCAAGUUGGAACCAACGUACCAUGGAAAGCGCCACGAUCUUUGAGCAUGUGUGAAAUGAUCUCAACCUUUGCUCAUUCGAAUUCACUUGGUUUUGAAGUCUCUUGAUCAGAAACGGCUAUGUGGGUGGCUGGACUUCUCGCCGACCUCUAUCAACACCAGCUGAUUUAGCACGGUCAGGAUUUGGCAUUGGGUUUGACACGUCCGAGGGCAGAUAAAAGCAGUUGCGGAUACGGAGCGGUCAUGUCUGGUAACAAAUCUCACUGGUUCCGCCGAACAGUCCAUUUCUCUUUAGCAUUAGAUUAGAAUCGAACGAUACCAAUUUCGAGUGGAGUGCUUGUAAUUCGCUGUGGGAGGAAGCAUCAACUACCA